AAAAAUUAUAUUCUUUAUCUCUCUCUCUCUCUCUCUCUCGCUCUCUCUCUCUCACGUUGCGUGUACACCUGUUUCUGUCUCCGAAGCUUCCCGAUUCAAUCCCUGAUCUCCGAUUCGCAAUCGGAACACAAUACUGCGGUGACCGUUGAAUCAAUCACCGGCGGUUCAAUUUUGCAAUUUGGUAACUGACCUUAUUUAGUGGAUUUUGGCAUUUGCUGUGCUCAGUGGUUGUGCUCGGUGGUGGUGGUUGUGGACAAAGGUUGAUGUGAAUGCUCGAAUUUGGGAUAUCUCUCACGCUCUCUUCCAAUCGCGCCAACACCGUUCAGCUUAAUGGCUUUUGCUAAGUUCUUUCUGCUGCUGGUUUCCUCCUCUACAAUCUGAUCCAUAUGUCUAAAAUAAACCUUAAAUGCUAGUACUCAGAUACAAGCUUGGCAAUUAGGCACACAAGUUUUCCUAUGAUAUGUUACUAAUGGCACUGGAUGAUUUUUGCCUGCAACAAACUUGUUGAGGGAAUUGACAAAGAGAAGAGAUGGGGGAAUCAGAAUCAGCAAAGAAAAUAGAGGAAGAAGUAGGAAGAGUGGUGGAGCAGGCUAAGGAGCUUCAGGACUCUGCUGCAUCUUUCAUUUCCAAGGCUUCUGCCGAUGACCAAUCCCUCCGUAACCGCGUCGUUUCCCUCGACUCUUCCAUUCGCCGCCUCCAUUCUCUCCUCUCUCAUAACAACCAUAACCUUCUUGAUCCCAAGUUAGCAGACAAGCUCGAAGAAGAUUUACAGAGAGCUAGAUGUAUCAUGGUUGACGGAGAUGCCGCUUCUUUCCUUCCUCCAAAAACUCAAGGGGGAUUUUUGAAGAUGUUUCUGGGUCCUAUUAAUGUCCGCGCCUCGCAAAAAGACAUUCAAUUAAAGGUUAAAGAGGAGUACAACAGUUACAGAGAUAGAACUGCCCUUCUGUUUCUCUUUUUCCCAGCAGCACUUCUUAUUCUAAGGUCUUGGAUUUGGGAUGGAUGCUUGCCAGCUUUUCCCGUUCAGCUGUACGAGGCUUGGCUUUUGUUCCUUUACACUGGCUUGGCAUUGCGAGAAAACAUUUUGAGAGUGAACGGAAGCGAUAUUCGUCCAUGGUGGAUUUAUCAUCACUAUUGUGCUAUGGGUAUGGCCCUGGUUAGUCUCACCUGGGAGAUUAAAGGGCAACCAAAUUGCACACAAAAGCAGAGAGGGGUUCAACUUUUCCUACAAUGGGCUAUGAUGCAAGGGGUUGCGAUGCUUUUACAAAAUAGAUAUCAACGGCAGAGACUCUAUACUCGUAUUGCAUUGGGAAAGGCUAAGAGGAUGGAUGUUGUCUGGGGAGAAACGGCCGGUGUGGAUGGCCAACUGUGGUUGUUGUGUCCCAUACUUUUCAUUUUGCAGGGUUUCGAGGCAUAUGUUGGACUACUGUUACUCAAGACUGCAUUCAUUGGGGUUGUUUCUGAAUGGCAGGUAUUUUUUUGUGGGAUCCUUCUAGUUUUAAUGGCUGUCGGGAACUUCGCAAAUACAGUACAGACACUCAUGGCGAAGUCAAGGUUUAAGGCAAAGAUGAAAAGAAGUAAGAGCAAACCGGAGCUGUAACAAAUCAUCCCUAAUUAUCAUCUUCUUCCUAAAGCUUUUUAUAGGAUCUCAUUUUUGGAAUGCUUUUCUGGGUCUCAAACGUGUUUCUUGAAGCUAAUGCUGUAAAAAAAUUGCUUCAUAAAGCUUCGUUUUUACUUCUCAUUAACCUUUAUAUGAUGUAGCAUUGAUUUUUUACCCCCUGACAGAACCAUAAUCUUGGAUGCAAAUGCUAUGAUUUCGGUCACCUGUGAAAAUAUAUUUUCUUUCAUUGGGUAAA